UUGAAUCGGAACGGGACAGCGAAGAAAAGAAAUCCAUCAAUCGCGAUCUGAAAAUGGUAAGUGGCUUCGUCGUUAAGCCAACGGUGGUGAGUUUUGUGAAAAAUUUAGGACUAAAUCCGGCGUUAAAGUGAAAUCUGGAUCCGGAAAGUGUGGUGCAAGUUCAAUGCACUAAUUCAUCGCCACCAGGAAAGAAAGCAAUUGGAAAAGUGUUGUGCUUUUGUCGUCGUAGAAGAUUCCAGUGAUUGUUUGAGUAGUGCGUGUGGAAUUGUUUAGAAAAAAGGAAACAAUUCUGGGACACUAGCGGGAGUAUUUCCGAAAAAAAAAACAGAAGGAAAGUUUACCGCAGGCAAUGCAGAGUGCUGAAGACACUACAAAUCUUAUGGACACCGAACACAAUAAUGCGUCGUUGUCCGCGUCGUCGCCACCUUUGAGUAACGCCGCCGUUGCUGCAUCCCCUGUUACUGGAUCUGGUACUGUCGGUUCCGGCUCCGGUACCGCAACCGGAUCCGGUUCGGCGCCGACCGGCCGUACCGGCGAAUCGCUGGAAUAUCACUGCCGUAUGCUGGAAGAAGAGCUUCAAACGAUAAAGGAUUCGGAAGCAAAACUUAAGCAACAGUAUGCCGAAUCUCAGCGCCGCGAACGUAUUCUGGCACGGCGACUUGCCGUCAAGGAGCAGGAAAUGCAAGAUUUUGCCAGUCAGAUUGCCGAGCUCAAAACCGCCCAAGCACCGGGCCAAGCUGCCCUCCGGUCUGCCCUGCUCGAUCCUGCCGUUAACAUACUCUUUCAAAAGCUCAAAAACGAACUUCAGCAGACAAAGGCAAAACUGGAGGAGACACAAAAUGAACUGUCCGCGUGGAAGUUCACACCCGAUUCCAAUACAGGAAAACGGUUGAUGGCCAAGUGUCGCCUGCUGUACCAAGAGAAUGAAGAGCUGGGCAAGAUGACAUCCAACGGACGGUUGGCCAAGCUGGAGCACGAACUGGGCCUGCAGAAAAAAUACAACGAGGAAGUUAAGAAAUCCCAACUGGAAUUGGAUGAUUUUCUGCAGGAAAUGGAUGAAGAUGUCGAAGGUAUGCAGAGUACGAUUGUGUUCCUCCAGCAAGAGCUCAAGAACACUAAGGAGGAGAAAGAGGUUCUCGAAAAGGAAGUGCUCCAGUUGCGCUCGUACGUCAAUGGCGGUGCGAUCAUCAGCGGCAGUGGUGGUGACGAUUCCACUCCGAUGGAAACGGAUCCGGAUCCGGCGUCCUCGCUGUAUCUAGUGAACGGAAAUAAUAAUGCAAAGUUGAAGCAAAGUUCAAGUGAGCAAUCAGAAUCGUUGUUGGUGUAUCAAAAUCGGACGCACUGUAGUGGCAAUAGCAAUUCGGGGUUACAGUUACAGAACGGUGGUGAUGAGUUAGUUAAUGAGCAAGAUCAAACGAGCGGCGCCGGCGGUAACAAUAACAGCAGACUUAGCGGUAAUAGUAACUCUAGUACUGUUAGUAGCAAUAAGAAAACAAACAACAGGACUGCUAAAACGGUUGGUGGUAAAAAGCGAAACUACAAUGAAGAUCAGGAUGACGAGGGUGCAGCGGGUAGUGAAGAUGAGGAGGAUAGUGGUCACUACGAGGAGGGAUCCAACAAUGGUAAGAUGUUGGCUCCUGACAGUGUCGAGCCCUCGCAGAAUCACCAGCAGCCGCACGAGGAAGAACAGAUCAUUGCCAGUAGCAAUAAGCGCAUGACACGAUCAGGUAAAGGUAAAGCUCCGCCCAAAACGACGGUGAGUGUGAAAAAGUUACGUCGGGCAUCGGUACUUUCGGCAGAGCCGGCUGACGAUGACGACACUGCCGAGGGGUUUGCGUCCAACGGGGCGAAUUGAAUUUCUUAACCACCAUUUUUAACGAUCCACCAGGCGCCACUGAGCGAGUGCGCGCAUAACGACGAGAGACUUCCGUUCUUUCCGGGCAAUGAAAAUGGCAUACUGUUGAUUUUUUUAAAGCCGAAAGCACGCUGUCCCGCGAUGAAUCGAAAAACAGGAUAGAAUUAGGAGCUGGGAUGAGAAUCCUUCUAAAGUUAUAUGCGAACACUCAAACACAGAUUGAAAUUAGAGCUCUAAGAUUACCUUAUACAAUAAUAGUUAUUGUACAUUUGUGGAUGCGAUGCGGACAAGCAAUCAUAUUGUGCCGCCCUACUGUCAUCUUCGGUUAGUAAGUAAAGUAGAGAAAAAGAAACACGGAAUCAUAGAGAGAAGAUAGUGACAUAAAAUACGUUUCGUACGACCAUAAACACAGUGGAAGUUUUAUUUUCGUUUCGUGAAUGAACAUUUCUAAACAGCUAAGAAAGUAUAAUUUAAACAUACAAUGGUAAACCGAGAAAAAAAAAACAAAACAAACUUAAAAAACAACAUGUAAUUUAAAUUAUUUCGAAAAGAAUAGAGAUAAAUUAUUCGUACAA